AUGAGGAACCAGUCUUACUUUCCUUCCUGCAGCCGAGCAAAAGAUGUAACCAUGCCAGCGAAGCUUCCAGUGAACUUUUUCUCCACAAGAUCUCCAGUCAUUGAUCUUUUUCGGGGACAAUUAGACUAUGCAGAUCACCUUCGUCAGGAUUCAGAAAUUGUGCUGUAUUUCUUCUAUGCGCCGUGGUGUGGCCAGUCCAUUGCAGCAAGAGAAGAAAUAGAAUAUGUGGCCAGCAGACUGUCAGACCAGGUGCUGUUUGUGGCUGUAAAUUGCUGGUGGAACCAGGGAAAAUGCAGGAAGCAGAAGCAUUUCUUUUAUUUUCCUGUGAUACACUUAUACCAUCGGAGUUUUGGACCAAUUGAAUACAAAGGCCCUAUGAGUGCUGUUUAUAUUGAAAAGUUUGUUCGUCGGGUGAUGACACCACUACUCUACAUCUCGUCUCGAUCAAAAUUACUAGAUUUCCUCUCAAAUUUUGAGCCUGGAGUUCUAGGAUAUUUUGAGUUCAAUGCUUCACCUCAACCACCUGGUUAUUUAACAUUCUUCACGUCAGCAUUACAUUCAUUAAAGAAAGACUACCUUGGAACAGUACGCUUUGGAGUGAUCACGGAUAAACGUGUUGCAGAGGAGAUCUCCUUGGUGCAUUCAGGCAGUGUGUAUUUGCAUAGGCAUGUCAACACAUCUCUGAUCUAUCCAAAUGACAUCAUGAACUAUACUGCUGAGAACAUUUGCAAGUGGGCUCUAGAAAAUCGAGAGAUGCUUAUACGCUGGCUGAGACCACAUGGUGGAAAAAGCCUUCUUCUAAACAAUGAGCUGAAGAAAGGACCAGCGCUUCUCAUAUUUAUACCUUACAAUCCUUUAGCAGAAAUUCAUCCUCUUUUAGAUGAAAUUACCAAAGUGGCCUUGGAAUACUACAACUGUAAUAGAAGCCAGGCAGCUGAGCCAGAUCUUCGACACUUAGGAGACACUGAUUCACCAGCUUUUGAUUCCUCUGUACCAGAUGCACAUAUGAAAUUAUCAGAAAUGUUUUCAAUAACCAAGUACCCAUGCUGUAACACAGUGGUGCUACCGCAGUGGCAUUCAAUAUCCAGAACUCACAAUGUCUGUGAGCUUUGCAUUAACCAGACGCUUGGUGUCAAACCAAAUAAAGUCCAUGUGCCACACUGUAACUUUUUAGAGAUAGAAGCAGCUUUGGACUCUUUCUACCUCCAGGAACAUACAUUUUUUCAAGUUAUAUCAAAUACCAUAGAAUGCAGCAAUUUCUUAAGUUUCUACAGCCCCUUUAACUAUUACACUGCAUGUUGCAGGACAGUAAACAGGCAUUUUUUAAGUUUCAUUAGUUCUGAGAAGACCAUCUUUCAGACCCCCAAAGUAGCAUUUUCUUCCCAUGGGAAGAAAGAUAACACCCAACAUUCUAUUCCUCACAUUGAGGAUAGGAAUUGUUUUAUUCCUGACUUUCAUAUUAGUGGCACUAACAUUACUGGUCUGAGCUGUAGGACCAACAAAACCUUGAAUCUCUAUCUACUGGAUUCAAAUCUUUUUUGGAUAUACGCAGAGAGACUAGGAGCAUCAAGAUCUACUCAUCUUAAGGAAUUUGCCGCCAUUGUUGAUCUGAAAGAAGAAGUGCACUAUAUCCUAGAUCAAAAUCAGUCACUUGUUGGACCUACCCUGGAGGACUUCAUAAAAAAUUUCAGCGUUCUCUACAGUCCCUUGAAAAGGCAUCUUGUUGAUGACCCUUCAGUCCAUUUUCAUGAACAGCAUGUAAUCACUGAAGUGACUACUAACACCUUUCAUGACACCGUGUUCUUGAGUGAAAAGAAUGUCUUGCUGCUCUAUUAUGCACAGUGGUGUGGAUUCUGUGCUUCUCUUAAUCACAUCUUUAUUCAACUUGCUCGGCUUUUGCCUCCGGAUCAUUUCACUGUGGCCAGAAUUGAUAUCACUCGAAAUGACCUUCCAUGGGAAUUUAUGACAGACCGUCUCCCAACCAUUUUAUUUUUUCCUCAUCAGAGGAAGGAACAAAGUGUGAAGUUCCCUGAAGACUUCUCAGUUAACCUUCCUAAUCUCCUUAAAUUUAUUUUACAUCACUCAAGUCUGUCUUCAUCAGAGCCCUGUACCAAAGAAUGCCUACAUAAAGAGACAGUUCUACAGCAAGGACACAUCUCCCACUUAGAGAGAGAAAUCCAGAAGUUAAGAUCAGAAAUCAGUGCCCUUCAUCAGGCCCAGGACAAGCUUGAAGCACAGCUUUCUGAAGCUAGGAGAGAAGAACAUAGACUACAGCAGCAAAAACACAUGUUAGAAAAGCAGCACAAGACUCUGCAGCUCCACAGUGAGCAGUUACAGGCCACAUAUGAACAGAAGAAUCAAGAAUUAUUAGAAAUGGCUGAAAAGCUUCAAGAAUUAGCUGAUGCAUCAGAAAACCUCCUUAAAGAGAAUACUUUACUGAGAAUCCUGGUGGCAUCAAGGGAAGGAAAGCUACAGAGCAAAGAUGAAAUUAAAGAAUCCCUUCAGUCAGAGCAAACAGUUUCUGAAGACAAUGAUGUAUCAGUUUCCACAGCUACUGCCACAUUAGAGGAAAAAAGGAUUGAUAAUACUGAUACCAUAGAGACAGAGCACAGUAGUAGAAACAGGACAGAAUGAUUGCUUACACAAAGUCAAAUGAUGCAGUAUUGGGUAGAUAUUUAUGCAAAUUUUAUUGAAAUUCAUUGUAAAUAAAGACUUUCCCCACAUGAUCUAG